GGCUCCAGCCGCCGCCGCCGGAGGAGGCGCGCACGUGGGCGGCCGCGAUGCCCAAGUCCAAGCGGGACAAGAGGGUCUCCUUGACAAGAACUACCAAGAAAGGUUUGGAAGUGAAGCAAAACUUGAUAGAAGAGCUGCGAAAAUGCGUGGACACCUACAAGCGUCUCUUCAUUUUUUCCAUCGCCAACACGAGAAACAACAAACUGAAGGAUAUCCGUAAUGCUUGGAAGCACAGCAGGAUAUUCUUUGGGAAGGACAAAGUGAUGAUUGUGGCGCUGGGCCAGAGCCCGUCCGAUGAGUACAGAGAGAAUUUGCACGAGGUCAGCAAGCAUCUGCGGGGAGAAGUUGGCCUCCUUUUCACUAAUCGUUCCAAGGAUGAAGUUAUAAACUGGUUUUCUCAGUUCAGAGAGACUGACUUUGCCCGGGCUGGAAACAAGGCAACCUUCACCGUCAGCUUGGAUAUGGGGCCCCUGGAACAGUUUUCCCAUUCUAUGGAGCCUCAGCUGAGGCAGCUUGGACUGCCAACCGCCCUGAAAAAAGGCGUGGUAACGCUAAUCUCAGAUUACAAGGUUUGCAAAGGGGGGGACAUCCUGACCCCAGAACAAGCUCGCAUCCUGAAACUCUUUGGCUACGCAAUGGCAGAGUUUAAGGUGACCAUCAGGAGUGUGUGGAAUGCCGAGACGGGAGAAUUUGAACAAGAGGCUGCCACUGAGGAUGCUUUGGGGACGAUGGAGGAGAAGACGAAUGUAAUGAAGAAAACUAGGGCAGAAAAAUGCCAACAGACUGUUGUUUUUUAAGAGUGAUAUCUCCUGAUCUCAUUAAUGGAGGACUGAGCUAAUAACUUAAGGAUGUUUAUCACAGUGUAACACAGCGACCUGACAGACCGCGAUUUGGGGCCAACACUUUGAUUUCCAAUCUGAACACGGAAGCAAGGGCAGGCAGACCGUCUCUGGGCACGGGCAGUGUGGAACAGUCCUUGUGUUUAGCCAGCUUUGGGCAGAUGUUUUGGGGAGUGGCCGGAAGAUUGGGGGGCCUGGAAUGACGCCUCCCAGAAUCCCCAGCCCCCGAGACUAGGAGGCCACAAUUUGGGCCUGAAACCAUACAACUUCACAAACUCCGCCAAUCCUGGCUAGUUCAGGAGUCCAUGAUUAAACAAACCACCAUUUGGACGCCAAGCACAAAUCCAGCCUUCUGGGUUAACCUCAGAUGUCCGCAGGCUUUGCUAAUUGGCCGGUACAAAAAAUGCGAUCCCAACAAUUUCCAGUAGGGUUUUGAAAGUAAAACCAGUCCCCGGUGAAUCUUGAACGGUAGCGCCUUCUCCUCCCUCCGCCUCCUUCCUUCCACUGAAGACUCCCCGAAGGGUUCGGCCUUUGGUUUUUCUGCUCCUCUCUGGAUUUUUUCAACUGGCUGCAGAAAUGGGGGGGAGAGAGGUUGCCCUUUGGUCCCUCGCCGGAUGGACUGGCGGGCCAGGGGCCGUGUAUCUGCAGCCUUCCUGGCCAGCUCCUUGCCUUGCUUGGGAGCAAAUAAAGAAGCAGGGAAAUGGGUGGCGCAGAAGCAUCCCUCAAAAGCCGACUUGGAAGCUGUCCAGUGGGGAGGGAAGCAGCUUGGAGAUCAACACUGCUGUGGUUGUGUUUUUUUUUCCCCUCUGCCCUGAGACUUGUGGUGACUUAGCAGUGGGAAGAAAAAGGCUUCCUUUAUGUUAAAAAUCCCGUUCAUAAUAAUGAAAAUAAUGAAGAAUAUUAAUCCCAUGCGGUAAAAGCAUUUUAUUUCCUUUUAUAGCUGCUAUGCCAAAUGUGACCGAAAGAA